UGUUCCGCAACUCGACAACUUCAAACCCCCCCCCCGCAACCAAAAAGAACAGAAGCAGCCAUAUCGGCGCCCGUUUUCUUUGGUGUUUUUUUUUCUUUUUCUUUUUUUUUCAAAAAGCCUUGACGUGUGUGUGAGAGAGAAAGGGGGGAAGCAGACAUCGUAGGCGGCGGCUAUUCCGCUUGUCACCGCUCAUCGCUCAACACUCAUCACCAACCCAACUUCUGCUCUUCCACCUCGAAUUACAAAAAACUGCUCCAUCGCCCUCGUCGUCCGACCGCCGAGCUCUCCUGACGUUUCACUUCUCCCUCCCACCCCCCAAAAAAAGUAUCAAGGAAAGGAAGAUAGGAAAGGGUAAGACAAAAGGAAAGAGAGAAAAUAUGUCGGCCCCUUACUACACCCCCCAGCGCCCUUACUUCCCCUCCCCGCAACAAUCAUCCUCCUCUUCCUCUACGGCCCCGCGACCCGGCGCGUCCGCCCCGCCGUCUUUCACGCCCGCCAUGCGUGAUCGCCAGGCCCGCGGCAAGGACCCGUACUCGCCGCACGACAGCCCGUCAGACUCGGACCUCGAGUUUGACGCCGUCGACUCGCCCUCGCGCGCAGGCGUCGGUCGCCUGGGCCACCUCGGCGGCUCGGGUCAAGGACGCGGUCACCCUCACGGGGGCGCCAUGGCAGGAACGGCGGGAGGAGGAGGAGGCGGCGGCGUUGCGACGGCGGGAGGAGGAGGCGUCGGGGACGGGGACUCGCACGAGGUCAGGCGGCGGAAGCUCUGGGCCGUCGCCGUGCUCGAGGACCCGGAGAAGUUGGCAAUGUACGCUUGCAGUCGCGGAGACAGCAUCCCCGGCACCCGUCUCCACUUCACCCGCAUGCUCUGCGGCUUCGACGAGGAGACCCUCCAGCUGCCCGACCACCGCAAGGCCUCGGCCUCUUCGCGGCGGGACCCGCGCCGUAGGAGCGCCGGCGGGGAGCGCAUGGGUAGGCACUGACGGGCUUGGUUGUCGGGCAUAGGGCCUUUCGAUUUCGGAGGAGACCGGUGUGGGACGGAGGACGGUGAUGAAAGGGGCGGUGCGCCUAGGUAAAUGAAUCAGCAGGGAGGGGAUAGGCGUUUUUGGGUGCUUCUACGCAGAACCGGGUCAGAAGGGACAACUGUCUUUGGCUCUGGCUUGCCUGUCGACACGGGACUUCGCUGUCGAGUUAUCCUAUCGGUCAAGGGCGAUGAGAAAUGAAGCCAAGGAAGGGAUCGAUCAUGUGUUUAAACGGCGUUCAACUGGGCUUCGUCGAAUCAAGUCGCUAGUGCUGCAGGAGUACAGUCAGUCAAUGGGGAUGGUAUCGAUACAAGAAAUAGAUUGUGUGUUGUGUGUAAUGGUCUCGCUGGCUUCCGCGCCGGAUCAGCCAGCUGACCUAAGCUAUGUAUAUGUUCUGGUUAACCGUCUCUAGAGGUAGGUAUCUGCAAAGUCUUCGACCGUGGUCAUCAUGAUAAUUACACAAAAUAAGACGGCUGUCCAAAAUUGAGACCACCGCCGUGCAAAAAUGUGCAGGUAUGCAACUAUAAGACUGUCUGUCCAACCCGUCCCAACCCUGAGUGAGGGCUUUUUGAGAGCCAGGGAAAUGAUAAAAAGGAAACCCCCAACUCCGAGUAAUGCAAUAGUCUCUGGUCUAUCUUGGAUACCGCUUAUCCUUAUCCCCCCUGCUGCGUCAUCCAAGUCGCC